AAUAAAAAUGGCCUCAUUGAGCUGAGCCUCCGCCGCUAGCAGAUUAGUAGUAUUAGAAGAGCACAAAAGAAAGAGAGCAAGGACGUUCCACAUUCAAGCUAUUAUGCGGUGGAGUUGUUUGACCGAUCAUUUCUUUAAUAAAAGAAGAGGGGAAAGAGAGAGAGCUGCGUUUUAUGAGAAUGGAAGCUUGUUACUUGAGAAGCUGAUUGUGUCUUGCAAUGGCAAGCCUAUUCCCAUCCGUACCUUCUCCGCUCAACAGCUCCUCCUAGCAACCAACAACUAUUCUUCUGAACUUCUGAGAGGGCCUUGGGUCCAUUGGUACAAGGGUUCUCUUGAAGGACGAAUCGUUCUCAUUAAGCGUUUUGAUUAUGCUUUGCCCGAUUUAGCCAUCAAUGAUCUAGUGAUUUCUGCACAAAUGAGUGGUCACAGCAAUGUAUUAAAGCCCACAGGCUGUUGUCUCCACACUCCAGUUCCCAUUUUAGUGUUUGAAUUUGCCGCCAAUGGUUUCCUUGCAGAUCGAAUUUUUGUCUCCCGUGUUACUAAACGACAACAUCAGCCGAUGGUGUGGGAGAGAAGGUUAAAGAUUGCAAGGCAGAUUGCUCAUGCUCUUUCUUAUCUCCAUACUGCCUUCCCAAGACCUGUCAUCCACAUGUAUAUAGAUAUGCGCAGUAUCUUAUUAGAUGAACAUGAUGUUCCCAAAUUGUCCGACUUUUAUUUUUCUGUAUCAAUUCCCAAAGGUGAAGCUGACGUGGAAGUUUUUCACGGCUUAUUAGGGAAAUUAAUUAGGUCCAGCACCCCCGAGCUUAAAGCAACAGGCAAGGAAACUGAGAAAACUGAUGUAUAUAAUUUUGGUCGGUUUCUUCUAGAACUUUUAAUUGGAGAGGAUUCUCGUCAUAUAACCCGAUUCACAAUUGAUGAAGAUUCUACUUUAGUAGCAUACAUACAUAACCGGGCUCAAGGUGGUUGCAUAAACGAGAUUGUGGAUCCUGCAAUCUUGGCUGAAGAUGGGGAUGGAGGUGCUAGUUUAGAGCAUCAAUUACAAGCUGUGGUGGACCUUGCCUUGACAUGUGCAGAGGAAGAUCCACAAAGAAGGCCAACUAUGGUGGAUGUCACCAAACAACUCAGGCGGAUUGAGAGGUUCGCACAAAUGGGUGAAGUGCUUUUGGGAAAUUUGCUGAAUUUAAAGCUUCAUGAGAGUUUUGAAGAGCAUGCUUCUGCAUCAUUGAAAAGGAAUGCUUCUAGUGAUGAAAUUCAAGCAGUGAACGAAGCCUUUGAAAGGCCUCUUGAAGUUUAAUUGUGAUGCAACUGAAUGAUGACAGAGCUUGUAUGGCAGUUUUAACCUGUGAUUGGGAAGUUAUUGUUAUGGCAGACCCUUAAGGUAUGUAUUGAUGCUAUAAGAACUGGAGGAUUGGUUCUUAUUGGCAAAGGAGUUUGAUAAUUGUUCUUUUGUUUGAAUAAAAGGAAUGCAAACUAAGUAGUUCAUAGUCUUAGUAACUGGCUAUGUAUACUGGUUUGUUGAGGGAAAAAAAGGCUUCUGUACUGUUUAAUUGGUUU